CUUCAGCCAACUAAAAAAGCAAGCCUCGAUCAGUUUUGAUUCCUUCUUCGCAGCGAGAAGUCGUGAUUUUCGAUCCGUUCUCCGUGACUUUUAUUUCCAUGGCACGUCCCCGAAAAAUGUUAAUGAAAAAGCGAGCUAGGUGAACGAUUAUAAGUUUCCUAUUCGCCAAACAACUACAAUUUGAAGGAGCGGCAAAAUAAAUUCGGACAAAACCGUAUUCACAAUCUAAAUCGAUUGCAAUUAGUUGAAGUUACAGCCAAUCGUGAUAAGGAAUAUACAAUUACGCUGAGAAUGGCAUAGCUAAAUACGAUUUGGAUUGCAUAAGAGCCUUGGGAUUUUCAAUUGCGUGAAUCGACUGCUUACGUAAAACCUUCAGUCGAAAUAAUACAGUCAAGUUCUGAUCGUGACAGAAACUAUCGAGAUGAGUAAGCUCCAAGUGAUUGUACAUCCCGUGAAAAAGGAGUUCCAGCGCAAGAGCUGCGGAUUCGACCAUGAUACGCCCGAUGAUUUUGUCAAGUCGCAGUGGCAGUCAUGCACAAAGAGUAUGGCGUAUUUAUUUUAUCGCUGGUUCAUGGCUCUUUUCUUUGUGGUCGUGGUAAUUAUCUCGAUGUGGCCAGAAGAGAAUGAUGACAGCAGUUACUGGCUAUAUUUUAUCUACAUGACCAACUGGGGCAUAUGGAUGUGCAUGUUAACGAACGUAUUGGGUGCUGUUCUAGUCACCAUUUGGCACUAUCACCCAGAGUAUGCGGAUAAACUCUUGAAUGUUAAGAGUUACUUUAGCUCUUUUCGACUGUAUUGGGGAAUGCACAUCAUAUCAUUGGUCCUAUCUAUUGUCAUCACCAUUAUCUACUGGAGUCUUCUUUACAAUGCUAAUGAGAAUGCCUUGGACGCCACGAAUGUACUUACUCAUGCAUUCAACUCAAUUUGCAUGUUCAUCGAUCUGUGGAUUGUAGCACAUCCCCUGAGGCUGCUGCAUAUAUUUCUGCCAGUAUUAUUUGGAGUUGCAUUUGCCAUCUUUUCGUAUAUCUAUCAUUUGUGCGGAGGAAUUAACAAGAAAGGCAAGCCUUAUAUCUACUAUGUGAUUGAUUGGAGCAAGCCUCAAGAUGCCUUUAUCACGGUUGUUGGCGUCCUCAUUCUAUCCUGCUGCAUUUAUGUCCUGCUUUUUGCAUUCUUCAAGUUGCGAUUAUUCCUUCAUCGACGUUGUCGUAACUCCAAUUUUGUACUGCCUACUAGUGCAAAAUCCCAUGGCCAACCUAAUGGAUUGGAUGAUAAACCCGGUAAUGGAAUACAGCACUCGCCCUCGCGCAUUUCAAUGGUAUUGGGCAAUUUCGCUGGCUAUGAGAAUCAGGCCUAUUUACCCACCGGCGAGGUCUCAAAUAAGAGCUAAUAUUUCUAUAUACCUCUUCAACUUAGACUGUAGUUCUUAGUCAAAAUAAUUUGUAGAAGUUAUAACCAGUGAUAUUAUAUUUUAUUGUUAUUAUGUUAAGUAAAUAAAUUCGUUCUGUGCAGGAA